GAAUUCUUAUUGCAGUUGAGCUAACCAAAGCGGGGUUAAGAUUAUAUAUUUAUGCCAAUCAAAAUGACAGGCAUUUGUGAACAACCUAUAAAUUUUAAAUUGCAAGUGCAACAACACCUGAUAGAUGAACGCAUUGCAGGGAUUGAAUAGUCUGAGCGUGCCCGUCAAGAGCGAUCGCUUUGGUGUCCAGCCAUUGCUAUUGAAUCGGGAUUGUUUGGUUAAGAAAAUCGAGAUACUAUCGCCCCUAAUCGAAAAACUACAUUGGAGAAAUAAUAAUGAAGUAUUUUGUGCCUAUUGGAGCUACUUGGCCGACAUCUACAAGAGGCAACAACAGGACAUACUCCAACGAAUCGAACAGAAUGCCGAGUUUUUGAAAAAUAUUGAAGAUAAAAGAACAGAAUCCUUUUGGAAAUUUCUGCUGCCCCGUAAAAGGCGUACUGCCAAUGAAAUUUUUUUAUACGAUGUAGCCGCUAAAAAAGCUGAAAAUACCAUCUAUGAGGAAUUUAUGGAAUGCUUUAAUCAUAUAGCAACCGGCACCCUAGUGAAGUCUCGCAAACGACGAUCAGAGUCUUUGUUAUUAACUUGGAAACGCGAAAAAGUUAAGGCUUUAGAUGCGCUCAAAGCAACUCAAAAUCCAUACGACAUCGAGCGAAUCCAGCAGAAAUUAAAGCGUUUAGAGCAGUUAGAGGAGCGAUUGAAUCCAUCUCAACCAUAUCCCGAGAGGCUGUAUAAACAGAAGAAAAAGUAUGAGCAAGUGCCAAAGAUUCCACGUCCAGCGAAUUGGGCAAUUGAGUCUAUAAGGCCUCAAAAAUCAUCAAUUAGCAGAUAUAAAAAGAAAUCUAAAAGAUAUACAAGAAAGCUUCAUGACGAACUAGAACAGGAAGAAGAAAUACAAAUAAAAAGAAAAACACCCGAAGACCAAAUUGAUGGGCUAACGUUGAAGGAAAAAAAUGAAAAGGAACUAGAAAGCCGACACUCAUCGUUGAAUACCAAAAACGAAAGAACAGCUAUUAAAGAAGAACAACUGUUGAAAAUACCCUCGCUUAGUAAAAACGUGCAAGAAUCUAAUAUAUAUGAAAUGGGUCAGAAAGAUGUCCCUCAAAUAGAUGUCCAAAUAUAUGAAGUAGAACCAAAGAAAGUUGUCUAUGAUUUACCUAGAUCAAAGCACAAGACCGAACAAAUAAGAAGAGUUAAGCAACAAUCGCCGAACAUUGAUUCUCAGUCAAAUCAGACUAAUAGAAGACUUACAAUGAGUACCAUUAGUCUGGUUGCAGUCAAACCGAAAAUAAAACAUAAAAAAAAAAUUGAUGUAAGAGCAAAGUUGAAGAAACAUGAAAAGACACAGAAGGAAGAAAAACUGACAGAUAUCAAAGUCUACAUGAGUCAACAUAAACGCAAGCGUACGCCCAAAUAUCUAAGAAAAUUGCGCAAAGGUUUGGAGCAGCAAACAGAAAAACUACCCACCGAUCAAAUUGAUUCCAAAAAGAACGAUGAAAAUGAAUCCAAUAAGUUAAUAGAAACUGAGGCAAAUCUAUUAGCAAUUAAACGAUUCACAAAGGAGCAAGAAAUAAUAACCGAGCGUAAAAUUCCGGAAGUCGAACAGAAAGUAGAGAUACAAAAUAAUGAAAAUGAAGAGAAUUUGACUAAGAAUGAAGAAAGAGUUCAUAUUUCAGAACAUACACCAAACACAGAUAAAAGUAUUCGACUUGUUGAUCGAAAAAAGAGGCGAACAGCAUCGGCUAAACGCUCGUUAAGGGCGAUUAAAGAAGAACAAAAGAAACCUUCGAUGCCAUUGAAAGCCAUCUCAAACAUCUCCAUCUUAGAGCCCGAAUUACCAGCAAAUGCAUCAUAUUUCAUAUCACAGCAGAAUCUGCCACAAGCCAAAAUUCCAUUACGCAACAGCACGGAAGAUACCCUAAUAGGAUCGUUUGCAUCAAAUAAAAGUGGCAGCAAAAUGAUGUGCGAAGAGGAAGCUGAACAAUUGAAAAAGCCAUUAAGCAAUUUCAGAUUGUAUACCAUGGAUAAAGGUAUUGUGUAUAAAAAUCCGUAUGAGGAGCGGCCACAAUAUGGUGGUAUAAUGAGAGUUAUAGAACAACAAGAAAUGAAAGCCACUUCGACGCCAUCAACUACGAUGGUCAAGACAACACUUCAUACCGCAAGACAUAAGCUAUGCGAUAGAAGAUCCACGCUGAGAAAUAGUCGUCGCAAACGUCUGACCAAGGCCCAUAUUCCAAGUAUGUCGCACCAAGUAAUGGAAAAAGAUGACAGAAAGACUCCACUAUUGUUGUCCGAUCUGGUGGCCGAUUUACAGAAAUCUGAAAGCCUGUACAAUCUGCUGCAACAGAUAAAUCCAGUGGUGAACAGUGAUAUGGCACAGCCCCAGAAGAAUGAAAAAGAAGCAGUCCCAAUGCCUAUGCCUAUACCUGUGCCUGUGCCCAGGCCAAAGAAGCCAAAGAAGGUUGAAAUCAAAGUCAUUAAGACGCUGCCAGUCGAAUCGCCAAAGCCCCCCCACACCUGCAUUGCGUGCAGGAUUUGCGCUCAGCUAAGAAAACGUCCGCCAUUGCCAAAGCAUCCCUAUAUGCAGCAGAUAGAACGACAGCUGAAGACCCUUGAACUGCGCUCCUACUACGCGCAAAUGAUGCUAAGCAACUGUCUGCGGGAGAAGCAGUGCCAGAAGCGUCGUUGUCUGGAAAACGAGCUUAAUUUGUGUCCCAUUUAACGGGGAACUCUAGAAAUUGACCAAACACCAAAAGUGCCAACGGCCUUUUGCGGUUAAGUCAAGUUCUAAAGUUCCCAGCUAAAACAUUUCGAAUUAGAAAGUAAUUGAUCGGCCGUUUGACAGUUCAUUUCCCUUGCAAAUUGUGCUUAAAUUUUAUAUUCAUAAUUUAAGAAAUUUUGCCAGAGAUUUUGACUGUCAAAGAGCUGAGCUUGAGCUUUUUCACAAUUACGACGAAAAUUUCAUAUAUUCUGUGCAAAUUUGUGUCUGUAAUAGUAAGUGUGAAAGUAUGUUGUCCAAAUAAGAAAUCAUUAUGUUGUACAAAAAUACAAUUGGUUAUAAUUGCCAA